AUGAGAGCGGUGAUGCUAGUUUGGGCGACUGUCGGGCUGGGGCCGCUCUUCCUGCAGCUAAGAGGUUUCGCAAAGUUUGCGACGCCGCACAAGAUUACAGAAAGCUUGAUCACUCCUGCGGCCGCGGUGAUGGAGACCACGGAUCUCCUUACGAUCUGUCCAGCCACAUCCUUGUUUUUCGCCGGAGGUCGAUGGAACGCUUGCCCUACUCACUACUUCCGACUGGAUGAUCGAAUACCUUGCCAUAUCGUUGUUCCGCAGUACAACGCCCACGGAGGAUACUUCAUCGUAAAUCGCACAGCAACUCCGCACGAUACCUCUCCGUCAACCUGCAUUGAUAGCAGUUUCCCGUUUAGUGGUAAUUUCUACCACGGCAGUAUCGGAUUCUACUCAGUAUAUGCUGAAAUGUCAGGGACAUUCUGUUCUUCCGACAACACAGCAUACCAAACUGUGGAGGGGGUAGGCACGAAUGACAUUAACGGCGUCCACCAGGGCUGUGGAAAUAUAGAUUGUUUAUUGAUUGACGGCUCAGAUCUGGAACAAUCAAUUAUUUCGUACUGGUAUAUUCUCACUGGUACGGCAUUCAUCCUCAUCAGAGUUUUCACGCUACGAAGAAGCUUCGUCUCCUGCUGGCAAUUCGCAAAACGCUGCGACCAAAUGACCGAACCAAUUCGAAUAAAGGAAGCCGUUGUGUACGUCCAAGAGAGUAUGCGGCUGUCAGCACACGGAGCCAAGAACUUCCACCGCUUAUUACUGCUAUUCCUAGUAGGAAUUUCCUACUCGUUGACCAGGGCGUCAUGA